AUGUCUCGCCCGCCUUCAACCGCCUCUACGGCCACCACGGGAACGACAAAUGGCCAUUCGCGUACCACGUCGGUCAAGACAAUUCCAAAACCCCAAGUAGUGAACCCCAUAGCUCUGCCGGACAUACGAAUCUUCGUGACGAAUCUGGGGCUACUGGAUUUGGAUUUACGAACCGAUUGGCCUGGAAUCACAGUACAAACUUUCUCAGCAAAGAAUGCAGACCAACGACAAAGGAUUGGCGGGACUGAGUGGGCACUAUUUCGCCUGUUCGAAAUAUGGGACUCUAAUCAAACAGCGCAAAAACUCCAGCCCUUCUUCCCACCGCUCGAACCACUCCAAUCGUUGAACCUCCGCGCUGCGCUAUUCCGAUGUCUGAACGAGUUGAAGAAGAAUGGUGUCCUGGGAAGAGAGUCUAUUCUCAGAAAGACCAUGUUAGACGAGUGCAAGGGCGAGAAAUUCUACGAGAUAUUGGCCAUAUUCUCCAACGCAGUGCUCAAGAAGGUUCUUGCAGCGCAAGGCAGAGGUGAUAGAGAUGAUGCGGUCGCAAGAAGACUGGCGACGGCACCAAUGCUCUCAGGCGAACAACAACGGUCAUUACUUCCCCUGGCAAUCGCACAUAAGGCAGCCCUGGUCAACGUGUUGAAACAGAAAGAAGAGAAGAGAAGGAAGUACAUGGAGUUCCAUGGCCUUUUGGACAGGAAGGCCGAAGACAUUAAUCGCCGCAUACGCAAGUGCAAAGACACUCCUCGGGCGCAAAAACCGGCGGUACCACAGAAAGAAGCCAACGCUGUCAAGAAGCAACUCAAGGACAACUGGAUCGGCAACCAGAAGUGGUUGGAUGUUAUGCUGCGCGGCGACAAUGUUCAGGCGGAAGAUGCGUUCCUAAAUAGCCGUUUCGAUAAAGUCUGGCACAUGGUGGAAAAGGGUAGAAAACUGGAAGAGGUCGCGCCCGAGUCUGGACUACUUGAGAGCCUGCAGGCGAGGGUCCAAGAGCAACAAGAGAGGUUACAAAAGUGGAAGGCAUUCCACGAAGAGUUACAGAGAGAUGAAUCCGGGAAGGAGACAUUGGGAAGCGUACAGACAGCGGCGUCAGUAAAGGACUUCCGGUUCGAUGACCACUCCCAGUAUCAGCUGCCAUCAGCGAAGCAUAUAGUGGAGUCUGCGAAAAUAAGUCGACCGGCUAUGCGAGCGGAAUUCCAAGAUAUUCUAUCUGAUAUGGACCGUGAGCUGGCUCGCGCUGCCACAGUCCGGGCUAGUACCAGACCUACAAUUUUACAUCAUAGAAGUACCUCGUCGGUAAAGACGGCCCGCCCGCCCAUGCUCACUAGGAAGUCCACUCAGACUGAGGCGAUACGAAAAGCGCCAAUGGUCCCAGCUAAGCCAGUCAAAUUGCAGUCGCCUUCAAGACCAAACUCUUUGGAUCAGAUCCCAAUCCUGCCUCGGCCAUCACGACACAUUACGUCGGCUACAGCACCGUCCGUAGACUCAGAGGCCACGCUGAUCGGCCACACAUCCGCGUUGAGUACCACAACGACCCAUCGCGACGAUUUGCCGACCGAAUCCCAUUACGAAAGCACACCAGUACCAGAAACUACAUCACCAGCUUUGCAGCCGGCCGUCGAAAAUUCGCCCUUAGAAGAUACCACAACCAUUGCUAACCACUCAGAGCAAAGAGAAGACCUAUUGUCAGAUGACCUGCCUGAAGCCUCACCAGAACAUAUCUCUGAACCGCCAAUCCCAACCUUCGAACCACUAGAAGUCGAUGCCGAGGAGGCACUUGCUGACCAGAUUAUCAACUCUAUCGGUAAUGCGACCCCGUCCCCAGUCAAGAAACCCCAACCACGCAUGUCUCUCUCACUCAUUGAGCGUACACGCAUGACCAUGUCACGAACAAACUCUUUCGAGCCUGUUCCAGAAUCGCCAGAACUACCACUUCCGUCUAUGGGCCCCCCUGCGAUCCCUUCCAUCACCGGAGAUGAGGAUGGCGACCGACAUAAAACCCUGGCUGAGCGCACCCGCCUCACUAUGGAGGCCAUGCAAUCGAAACCUCGCCCCUCCGUCUCUGACACGAUAACGAAAGAAAAACGUAAAUCUAGCUCCAGCCGCUCAUCCCUAUUCCCUGUCAACCAAUUCGACACACCACGCACUCGCAAAUCUUCCGAAAACUUGGAGCAAGCCAGGUCGGAGAGCAUCGAGCGUACGCCAACGGAGCAGUUGUUUAGUGAUGAGAUAGACUAUGAUAGAGUGUUCAAGUCAAGACCGAGGAUCGCUACGAGUCCCGUCUGGAGUCCGGAUGGUGCUACUGGUGGACAGGAGGAGUAUGAUGAUGAGGAUCCGGAUGGUGUUACUGGCAUCGAUCUAGGAGACGUCGAUCAAGAUGAUGACGGAGAGGAUAAAUUCAAGGAGAGCUGGAUGGACAGUCCUAGUCAGAAGAGAGGUGUGAGAAGUAUGAGGUACUAG